CUCGAGCAAGGAAGAAAGAUUGUGAGUGUUGUGAUUGUGAGUUGAGUGGAUAUAUAAGGCUGGUUCUGCGUCUGUAUUUUGAAGCAAGUUAUGGGUUUAGUUACUUUAUUUUUUCGUUAUUCCAGUUUUUGGAAAUAAUUUAUACUUACCGAUUGUGAAACAGUAAUUCAUGUUGAAAUUGAAUGUGUUCUGUGAAAUUAUAGAUACCACUCAGGAACCUCUAAUGCUUCAGAAUCGAAUCACUUAGCCUAAACCUUGAAUUACCUUACCAUGGAGGACACAUCUCAUAUUGUACGAACCAUAGAAUGGGAUAUGAUGGACAAAACAAAGUUUUUUCCUCUGAGUAUGCUCAGUUCUUUUUGUGUCAGGGCAACACUUUAUCCAUUGACUCUCAUUAAAACUAGACUUCAAGUUCAGAAACAUGGACAGAUGUACACAGGUAUGAUUGAUGCUGCUGGUAAGAUUUAUACAACUGAGGGGUUCAAUGGUCUCUAUAGAGGAUUCUGGGUCAGUUCAGUUCAGCUGAUUUCAGGAGUGAUGUACAUUGCCACAUAUGAAGGUGUUAGGCACAUUCUUACUCAGCAUAAUGCCAGUGCUUCCACAAAGUCACUUGUUGGAGGAGGUUGUGCAUCUGUUGUCGGACAAACUAUCAUUGUGCCAUUUGACAUAUUAUCACAACAUCUUAUGGUUCUUGGACUAGCCCAGGCUGCCAAAGGCAGCAAAAAUAAGACCAAUUUAAACCCUCUGGGAGUAUCAUUGGAACCAGGAAAAACCAAGUUACGUUUAACUCUUGACAUUGCACAAGCAAUCUACCGUAAUGAUGGAAUCAGAGGAUUUUACAGGGGAUAUAUAGCAUCUUUGUGUACCUAUGUUCCAAACAGUGCCCUGUGGUGGGCAUUUUAUCACGUCUAUCAAGAUGAGCUAGGCAAGGUGCUGCCUGACGACACUUCACACCUGUUGAUCCAAUGUGUGGCUGGGACUCUAGGUGGCUUUACUACCACCCUCAUCACCAACCCCAUGGACACCAUCAGGGCCAGGUUACAGGUGCAUCGAACAAACACUAUGAUGAAGACAUUCCAGACCCUGUGGAGUGAAGACGGCAUUCGAAUGUUGAGCAAAGGUCUAUCUGCGAGACUGGUACAAUCAGUCUGCUUCAGCUUCUCCAUCAUCCUGGGUUACGAGACAAUAAAACGCAUUAGUAUAAGACAAGAAUAUAAGGAACUUGUGCGAUGGUAGCAUUUAUACAUUUUAUUUUGUUAAUUUUUUAUCAUUAAUAUUAUUGUUUAUAUUUAGGAUUGCAUAAUGUUUAUGCACAAGUUACCGAAAUAGUGUAGGGUGUGUAUAAUGUUAUUAUAUGUGUACCUAUUGUAAUAAAUAUAUUUAUUUUAAUGUUUCUUUUUACACUUUGUAUUUAAAUCUCUCUCCAUAUAUAUUUAAAAUUUUGAUAUUUAGA